CAGCUGGUCAGUUCCACCUCGUCAUUCAACCGCACAGCCAGCAGAACAGAAUCUCCGGUUUCCAUAUUUUGCUUUUCUAUGGAAUAAACUCAAUUAAUUCUUCGUAUUUGGCUAUUCUUGCAAACUAAAAUUAACUAUGUGCUUUUCGGCAGUGUAUUCUCGUAAUAAUAAUAACGCGAAGCAAGUGAAAUAUGUUCCAAACCAUAGCUCAACUGUUAGUUCAAUAUAAAACAUUUAAUAAGUACAUGUUCAUACACACAAUUGCUUAGUGUUCAAAAUAGAAUUCGGUUGUACAUGUGUAAGAAUAUAAAUAAAUACCAAUAGAUGAUUAUAUAUGUACUUAUGUACAAUUGCACACCACAAGGGUUUGAUCAAAAAUCAUGCUGUCCAAAUCAUGCCGCGGUUGGAAAAAAUAUAAGACUUACGAUCUAUAUCAUCCAUCCAUAUCAAAAGAUAAUAACGCAUUCAAUGAAAAAGUUCAAGAAAACCAACUCAUCACAGCUUUUCACAUUAGACUACACCCCAACGAAAUCAGGUGUGCAGUUCCUUGCAGAUUGUUAUGUGACUGCAAAAGAAAAAUAAGCGGACGAAUGAUUGUAAUUGGACGUUCGAAAUGUAAUUUCCUUGUAAACCGAUGCCUUGCUGUCGCCGUACUUGUAAUCCUAGCGGCUGCAUGCAGUGCUUAUGCUCAGACUGAAAAAGAAAGCUUCAGUAACUCUUUCAACGGCAGCGUUAGUCCAGAAAUCGUAUUGCUGUCUGAAAAAAACGGAUCUUCACCGAUAUCUGCAGAAGAUAAAGUUAAAGAAAGUAUGGAUUUAUUCCAAAUGAAAGUACAAAGUAAGCAGGGCAAAAGAAGUUCCUCUUUGCCAAAGGAAUCAGUUUCAGGAGAUUUCGCAAAAGUUCAAAGCGUGUCCGUGUACCGCAAUACCCUACUCAAUAUAGAAAGCAUGCUACACCGACAAUUACGGGAGAAGGCCAAGGUGGACAGUUUAGAGUCAAUUAAAAUGCAUAUACUUAUGCGCUUAAAUUUAAAAAAACUUCCCAAUAUUACAAAACCAAUAUCAGUACCACAAAACAUAAUAGACAAUUUUUAUAAAGGUUAUAAUGCCUCCUCGAAAAACACUGCUUGGAGUCGCAUGGAAAGUACAGAUGAAUCUCAUUUAUUGCAAAAAUCAACAGUCCCAGAAAAUGUUAAAUCAAAUGACACUUAUGGUGGCGACAUCUUAACUGAUUCCUUAGAUGAAAGUUCGUCGUCACAAAUGCAAGGAGAUGAUGCUAACAUUGUUAACGAAUUUCAAUUAACGCAAGGAAUAGGGCUAAACAAAUAUCAACAUACAAAAACUAAUAUACCUGUUAAUAACGGAGAGGAACACGAAAGUAUUCUUUCACACAUUAGCAGCAUUUACAUAUUUCCCGAACAAGUUCAACCUCAUGUCCGACACAACCGUAAUGCCGAUGUCUUUCGAUUUAAAAUUGACGGUAGCUACUCGGAUUUAUCAUACGCAACGCUUCAUUUAUACUUACGUGGUUGGGAGUGGAUAGGCACACAUCAGCCAGAGCUCUAUAGAGAAAUUAAUAAUCAGCCAAGUAAAGAUAUUGUUGUGACUAUUCACCGAGCUAUGAAGCGUGCAAAUGCAACAAGCUUUACUCAAAAAGGAAAAAUAUUUGAGUUCCGACGUAGUAUCCCUUCAGGACUUGGCCAAUGGGUUAACGUUGAUUUAAAAGCUCUAUUCGGGGAUCUCGAAUCGAAUACCACACAGGAAAUUCUUAUAAAAGGAGCAGAGUCCUGGAUGAAGCCAUUAGUAGUGACCACUGACAAUACAUCAAAAAAUCCAUUGACUUUUCAUAUAGAAGUUGGAUCACAAAAAAAGAAUCGGAGAAAGCGCAACGUGUAUAUGGACUGCACAGAAAAUGAUCAUGACAUGCGAUGUUGUCGAUAUCCACUUAAAGUUAACUUCACCAGCUUUGGAUGGCAUUUCGUUGUGGCACCAACGUCAUUUGAUGCAUAUUUCUGUAGUGGCGAUUGUAAAGUUGGUUACCUAGAGCAAUAUACCCAUACACAUUUGGCAGCAUUAACGACGUCGGCCACACCGUGUUGCUCGCCAACAAAAAUGAGUUCGUUAAGUUUGUUAUAUUUUGAUGAUAACCAUAACCUGGUGUUAAGUGUCAUACCUAAUAUGUCUGUCGAGGGUUGCAGCUGUUCCUAGCAAACAAAAUGAAACAACCCAAAGAUCUUAUUUUAAAACACAGCUGAAAGAUAAGCUGAAGAUAAAUGUAUGUAAAUAAAUAAACAUUGGGAAAAUGAUUUAGCUUUUUCAAAAUGCUAGUAUUAUUUAACGAAAAAAUAAGUAGGUUUGCAUGCUAUUAUUAAAUAUUUAUCAUAUUAAGGUGUGCAUCUAACAUUUUAUAUUUAAGUUUGCAGAAAAGUAAAACAGCUAGAUAUUAUAUUGUUAGCUUACACCCAACACAGAGAAAUAUGAAGCUAAACGUAUUUUUAAAUUAUGAAUUUGGUCGUGUCUACAUGACGAAUACUCCAGUGAUUUAAGUAAAUAAAAGUAUACAAAUAAGAA